AUGACUGACAACGAGAAACUAGACAACCAGCGGCUGAAGAAUUUCAAGAACAAGGGUCGCGAUUUGGAGGUAAAGUAUUCUGAUUCCGUCGAGGGGUCCGGUUUCAUAUGCGAUAUUUUGUUGCUUGGGGCUGCGCUGUGUGACGUCGUUUGUAAUUUUAAGGAUCUAGAACUUUGCACCUAGCCCAAACCAGGCCUUAUCUGAUCGUCAAAUAGAUCAAGGCCUUUAUAUCCAUCCACCCGACUUUCUGAACCUGAAUAAAAGUAACCCUCAACACGUGAAACGUCCCCAACAAACUAAGCUAACCGAGCUAGCAAACGACUUCCAGUUCCAUCCUAAGCUAACCUGGUAGCUAACUAUUUAACUACAGGCCGUGAUAGCAAUGGCACACUGACAAACACGCUGUUCUAGCUAGCCAUAUUUGCUAUUCGACAGUCCUCUGAAAUGUAGUUGGGUAGCUGUGUCAGACAACCUAUCCAGUUUGGUGUUGAGGUUUGGAAUUGACAUACCUAACCACAUAUUUUCGGGGGGAUAAUUUGGUUCACUAAACGAGAUUCGUAUCCCUUUCUAACGACUGGUUUGGAUUAGCUAACGUUAGGUAGCUAAGUAUGUAGUUAACUAGCCAGCUAUAAUGUACCACCUCUCCCCGACUAUAGCUUGCUAGCUAUGUCAUGUAGUUAGUUAGCCAACUAAUUUACACGCAAUUAUCAGACGCUAUAUAUCGUUAGCUAUAUUAAUGUAGCCAGUAAGAUUUUAAAACUGAUACCUACCGUUGGCCAGCUUGGCUAGCUAACUAAUGACCUCAAAGACAGAAUUACGCAGUAAGAACCUCAACUAUAUUAACUAACGUUAACUGGUCAGCUAACGUUAGCUAGAUUAAUUUAGCUAGCUAACGUUAGCCACCCAACUGAGUUUGUCAAUUAACUUUAGCUUCGUAGUUAGUUGCUCCAAGUGUCAAAUGUAAUGGUAAAUGUUAGCCUCUUACUAGUUAUCAGCUUCCUUAACUACAGAUAUUUAAUUAUGUCUAGUUAGCCAGGACGCGUUGCUGGUAGCUAGCUAGGUUACUAGCUAACCUGCUAGCGUAGCUUAUCAAAACGAUGGCGGAAUUUAGCUGGUCGUCAGGGCCCCUUUGUAGGCCUUGGCAGACACAUAACGAAAGUUAUAGCCAUUGUGAGGUAGAUGGAUGGAAAGCCUGCAAGUGUAGGAGAGUUAAACAUUAACGUCACAUUAUACUAACCAGUGUUUUCCCUAGGUUUGGACACAUCGGGGGUCUGUGUAUUGGUUGGACUCCCAGAGUUGUGAAUCGUUCUGUUGGGUGGCGACAGAAAAUAACUUAACCACAACAUGUAGAGUUCCUAGAGAUUAUGCACAUGCAUUUGUUGUCUGGAAACGUUUUUUGGUGAAGCCGGCUUUGUGGUAGGGUUAUUUUAAGUCGCCAGCCAUCAGAAUGAUGCACAACUCGGGGAGUACAACCAAUAUACAGACUCCUGAUGUUGUGUCCCAAAGCUAUUUCCCCCCCCAGACCGUUCCAGACUGGGUGCAAGGGCACCACAACAACACCCAAGGCUUCUUCAAUUUAACUACAUUUUCAGUUCAAACUAGUGGAAGCUAAAUUAUUAUAGGCAAGGGGAACAGAUUAUAGGAAGACAUAUACUAGCUAGGUGUAUGUAUUAUGGUGUUUCAGACAGAUAGUCAGGAAAUCAUGUUGUCUUUGUAUUCAGUUUGACAAGAAGUGCCUGAUUUAUUUUUAAUGAUGACAUAAUAUGACUGGUCAACGGCAGGGGCGUUGUUUGCGGUGGAAACAAGAAUAUUGCUUGCAUAACAGCUAACAUGCAUAACUAGGCUAUGUCACACCAAGACAUGAUGAUAGAAGUGCUGUUCAUAGUUUAGUGAUGAACUGUCUCUCACUUCACUGUGGAGAGGGAAUAUUAUAAUUUUCUGAGAAGGAAAUGGGCAGGGCCUUUCUAGACAGAAGGAAGAAUUUAACUUAAUACUUUCACUAUCAUCCGAUCAUGACAAAUGGCCAAAGGCCAGUAUUUUAUGACAGCAAAUUACUUAAUCAGUCCUUAUAAGUAAUGUAAUGUCUGUCAAUCAGGUGCUUGAAAAUGGUCCCUCAUAUUACCACCCAAUAUUAACAUGAACCCUAAGAUACAAAACACCAACCGUGGAGCAGUUGAGAUCUGUGUUAAGUCAGUCUAUCUAAAUGGUGUCCAUGUUAUAAUGUGAGCGUGAGCUGGUGAUUUCAGGCAGUGGUAUGGCAGGCUGGUUCUAUCACUGUGCCAUCCAAAACUGUGGAUGGGAACUAAUGAACAUUCUGACUCUGACCAGCUCUCUAAGCACAAAUAUACAGGAUGCUGUCAUCUCAUCAUAUUGGGAGGAUAAACAUCUCAUUUAUGUUUUGGGCUUGGAUUGUGGAAGUAUCAACACACAAUCAGGCACACAUACAGUGUAUAUUUGUACUAGGCUAAUGUAUGUGUUUUCUCCCCUAUAGACGAUGAGAAGACAGAGGACAGAGGUGGUGGUGGAACUCCGCAAGGUAAUCAUUCACCUUCUUUCCUUUAAUCUAUGUCAGACAAGAUACAAAUGCAUUUCAGUCAGGUUAUCAAAGAUGCGUUUAAAGGGAUACUUCGGAAUUUUGGCAAUAAGACCCUUUAUCUACUUCCCAAGAGUCAGGUGAACUUGUGGGUACCAUUUUUAUGUCUGUGUCCAGUCUGAUGGUAGUUUUGCGAGCCAAUGCUAACUAGCGUUAGCACAAUGGCUGGAAAUCUAUGGGUAUCUGCUAGCAUCCCGAAGGAUCCCUUUAAAAUGCCUGUUUAAUAGUUAAGCCUGUUGCCAUGCUGAUGCAUGUACGUUAAGACAGCUGUCUUGCCCUGCUCCCUGCAGAACAAAAGGGACGAACACCUGCUGAAGAGGAGAAACGUGCCCCACGAGGACAUCUGUGAAGACUCUGAUGCUGACGGAGACUUCAGAUCGGUACGUUCUGAUUGGCCCUCUGUUAUGUCCCUCUUUCCUUCCUUCCUUGAAGUAAUCACUCAUGUGAUAGGGAUUAACAGGUGAUUUAGAUCUAUGGUAAAGAUAGAGUUCCUAGAACUGUUAGCUAAAAGAUAUCCACAUGCAAUCCAAAUCAAAUGGGAGGGGACCUCUUGUUGCAAUAAAAUAUGAACAAAACAUGAUAAAAAUAGGAUGACUAUCAACUGUACUGUGUUCUUUUCUAAGAUUUUUAAAAAUGAUUUGUGAUGUACAAAUUUUGGCCCAUGUUGACAUUCCUCGGGGACUGAUGUCUCCAGACAUUCUGACUUGUUUUUCCUAGUCAGGACUGCCUCCCAAGGCCUGACUAAUUACCCUGAGGUGUGGCCACAGUGCAAAGAAACACAUUACGAUCCCUCUGGCCGUGUUUGACAUCGGCAAAAUAAAUUGUUCCCUAACUAAGUACCUCCUUUUAUCUUGCAGCAAAACACCUCUCUUGAAGUAAUAGUACAAGUAAGUGCAUCUCACACUUACAAUUUUGAAAAAUUUCUUACAGACAUGUAUUUCCUUCCACUGUAUGUGAUUUCCUGUGUGCUGUUGUUUCAGAAUGCCACCAGUGACAACCAGGGAGUUCAGCUGAGUGCCGUGCAGGCUGCAAGGUAGGAACUCUCUCCUCCUACAUCUGGCUCUGGUGGUUGCCAUGGUGAUUCACACUCAAACAUGGUUCCAAAAACCAUCUCUAGAAUGUUGUGGAGCGGCUGAUUCUGGAGCAUAGCCCAUGAAUUAUUUCUUGGUUUCUGACGAACAUGCUAGACUUAGUUCUGUGUCAUUGUUGCCGGUCUUGUGUAAUCAUUGUGAGAUUGCGUUGUCAUGUCUGUACUCAACAGCACUGGUGUUGUGCAACAACUCAGAUGUGUACAUUACACAUUCCUUUAUUUUAUGUUUGGGUGUGUCUUAAGUGCAAAUAUGUGUGAAUAAUGGACAUUCUCUCCCUGCAGGAAGCUGUUGUCUAGUGACCGUAACCCUCCCAUAGAUGACCUGAUCAAGUCUGGCAUUCUACCCAUCCUGGUGCACUGUCUGGACAGAGAUGACAAGUAAGCAGGACUUUACUUUGUGUUAUAGAUACUGUGUCUUACAUAACACAAGUGGUUGUGAUCUAAGUAUUGCUGCAGUGAAUGUACGCUAAGCAUCACUGUACUGAGAAUGGAUCUCUUCAGAUGAUGACGGAAGUAUGCUGCAAUGCAAAUGUGUCAGGAUCUUUCAUAAUCAGAUGUGAGAAUUGUCAUAACCACUGACGGAUGGAAUAACAACCCUUUCCAUUUCUCGUUUCAUCACAAUUUCUUCCCCCUCUCUAUCCCUCCCCUCUUCCUCUCUCCACCCUUUCUCUUUCUACUGCCUCAUCUCACUUCUGCCUCCGUCUCCAGUCCAUCUCUACAGUUUGAGGCUGCCUGGGCUUUGACCAACAUUGCCUCAGGAACCUCAGAGCAGACUCAGGCAGUGGUCCAGUCCAGUAAGUACCAGCUCACAACCUCAGCGCAACCAAUGCCAGUACUCUCUGGGGGCUAGGUGGGAUUUUCGAUCAUUAUGCCUACCAGGUCUUGGAUUUGUAGUUUAUGUGCACCUGAAAGGCAGAUUAUUUCUAGCCUUUGGUGAUGGAGUUAGCUAUUGAAUAUUAAUUAGAGCAUUUCUUCUCCUGCAGAUGCUGUGCCACUGUUCCUGAGGCUGCUGCACUCUCCUCAUCAGAACGUGUGUGAGCAGGCGGUCUGGGCCCUGGGCAACAUCAUAGGUGAGUCUGGAUCCUUCUCUGUGUGUCUUGGACCCUCUAACAAUGGAGGCUGAUUGUGGGAAUGGCUCAGGGAUUCUCUGAUUGUCUCAAGGCAUCAUCGGUGAGUGUUUGUGAAACCGUCUGUUCUGUAUGUCUGUUCCUAGGCGACGGCCCCCAGUGCAGGGACUAUGUGAUCAGUCUGGGCGUGGUGAAGCCCCUGCUGUCCUUCAUCAGCCCCUCUAUCCCCAUCACCUUCCUCCGUAACGUCACCUGGGUCAUGGUCAACCUCUGCCGCCACAAGGACCCACCGCCACCCAUGGAGACCAUCCAGGAGGUAAGAGAGGGUGUGUGUGUGCCACCUGGGUCGUGGUCAAUCUGUCCUGGCAAAAUGAUCUUUGGACACUAUCCAGGAAUAACUGUCUCUGUUAGUCUGUUUAUCUGAAUCUCUCUGGCUGUCAGUGUGUUGUUGAACCUGAGCAUUAUGUACGGUACAGUAGUGUACAGGGGGUGUGUGUAUCAAUCUGUGUCUCUGUCCUCCUGGCUCCUGGGGGGUUGUAUCAUUUGAUUUACACAACAUGCCUACCACUUUGAAGAUGCAAAAUAUUUUUUAUUGUGAAACAAACAAGAAAUAAGACAAAAAAACAGAACUUGAGCGUGCAUAACUAUUCAACCCCCCCCCCCCCCCCCCCCCCCCCAAAGUAAAUACUUUGUAGAGCCACCUUUUGCAGCAAUUACAGCUGCAAGUCUCUUGGGGUAUGUCUCUAUAAGCUUGGCACAUCUAGCCACUGGGAUUUUUGCCCAUUCUUCAAGGCAAAACUGCUCCAGAUCCUUCAAGUUGGAUGGGUUCCGCUGGUGUACAGCAAUGUUUAAGUCAUACCACAGAUUCUCAAUUGGAUUGAGGUCUGGGCUUUGACUAGGCCAUUCCAAGACAUUUAAAUGUUUCCCCUUAAACCACUCGGGUGUUGCUUUAGCCGUAUGCUUAGGGUCGUUGUCCUGCUGGAAGGGGAACCUCCAUCCCAGUCUCAAAUCUCUGGAAGACAAACAGGUUUCCCUCAAGAAUUUCCCUGUAUUUAGCGCCAUCCAUCAUUCCUUCAAUUCUGACCAGUUUCCCAGUCCCUACUGAUGAAAAACAUCCCCACAGCAUGAUGCUGCCACCACCAUGCUUCACUAUGGGGAUGGUGUUCUCGGGGUGAUGAGAGGUGUUGGGUUUGCACCAGACAUAGCGUUUUCCUUGAUGGCCAAAAAGCAAAAAUUUUGUCUCAUCUUACCAGAGUACCUUCUUCCAUAUGUUUGGGGAGUCUCCCCCAUGCCUUUUGGCGAACACCAAACGUGUUUGCUUAUUUUUUUCUUUAAGCAAUGGCUUUUUUCUGGCCACUCUUCUGUAAAGCCCAGCUCUGUGGAGUGUACGGCUUAAAGUGGUCCUAUGGACAGAUACUCCAAUCUCUGCUGUGGAGCUUUGCAGCUCCUUCAGGGUUAUCUUUGGUCUCUUUGUUGCCUCUCUGAUUAAUGCCCUCCUUGCCUGGUCCAUGAGUUCUGAUGGGCGGCCCUCUCUUGGCAGAUUUGUUGUGGUACCAUAAUCUUUCCAUUUUUUAAUAAUGGAUUUAAUGGUGCUCCGUGGGAUGUUCAAAGUUUUUGAUAUUUUUAUAACCCAACCCUGAUCUGUACUUCUCCACAACUUUGUCUCUAACCUGUUUGGAGUGCUCCUUGGUCUUCAUGGUGCCGCCCCUUGCUUAGUGGCGUUGCAGACCCUGGGGCCUGUCAGAACAGGUGACACUUAGAUUGCACACAGGUGGACUUUAUUUAACUAAUUAUGUGACUUCUGAAGGUAAUUGGUUGCACCAGAUCUUAUUUAGGGGCUUCAUAGCAAAGGGGGUGAAUACAUAUGCACGCACCACUUUUCCGUUAUUUAUUUUGUAUAAUUUUUUGAAACAAGUUGUUUUUUUCACAUGACCAAUUUGGACUAUUUUGUGUAUGUCUAUUACAUGAAAUCCAAAUAAAAAUCAAUUUAAAUUACAGGUUGUAAUGCAACAAAAUAGGAAAAAUGCCAAGGGGGAUGAAUACUUUUGCAAGGCACUGUAUCACUGCUGAAUAAUACUGGACCAUGUCUCUAAACUGCCAUAAGCCCCUUAGAAAAAAGGUGUGGGAGAUCCCUAACCGAAAACAAUGUUUUUUAGUUUUCUAUCCCCACAAAAAUCACAGUGUAGUUAUCACAAAACAUUAUUUUCAGUGUUAUAUCCUAACUAGACGAUGGGCUAUAAAGGCUCUCCCCUUUGACCACCUCCUCCCUCCGCUGACCUCACUCAAGCCAUUAACUUUCUCAACCUUCAAUCUCUUGACCAUUGAUCAACUCAGGAUAAUUAAUUAUGUUUUUUGCUGCUUUACAUCCAUUUGAGAUUUCUUUAUGUAAUGAAUAGUGCUAUAUAAGUUGAAUUAAUUAAUAAAGUUGUGUAAUUUAAAGGUAGACUCAGUGAUAUGAAGUAGAUGCAGAAAGUAAACAGCAUAGUGGGUCAAUUUCUGCAACAACUAAUAGCGUUGAAGCGCAAGGCUCAACUUCUCCGCUGUUUUGGUGCCCUGGCUACCACCCUGUGAACAGCGUGAAGCGAACCCGUGCACAUGCGCAAAUACUGUGAGAGAGCAGUGUUGCAUCUCGCUCAUCUCAAUAUCCUAGCCUUUUAAUUGAUGAUGGGCCCUGCUUUACCGAAGUUGCGAGACAUUGCAAGGCCAAAAAAUUGUGAGAGAGCAUUUGAUUGCCGAUAGAUGGGCCUAGUGCACGGUUCUGACUCUGUCUGCCUGGUGACCGACCUGCCUAUACUGGACCCCCCCCCCCCCCCAAAAGGAUGUUUAAACAUAAAUAUUGUCCAUUUGUCACAUCUCUAGUGGGAAUAUUCCUGUCAUUUUGUUGGCAUCUCUGUCACUGACUAUCUUGCUCUCUCCCUCCCUCUUUUCUCUCAGAUACUUCCAGCUCUCUGUGUGCUGAUCCACCACACUGAUGUUAAUGUGAGUAUUCCUGAAUCACUGAUUAUAUUCAGAAAGACACAACCCGAAUAGUAAAAGUUGACAUUGAUAUUGAUUUCCCCCAUUAAUAACCACAAGCAGAUAUUGAUGCAUGAUCCAUAUGUUGAUGAAUGAGUGAAUGUUUUGUUUUUGGGACCUGUGACCCUGUGUGUAGAUCCUGGUGGACACGGUGUGGGCUCUGUCAUACCUGACGGACGCUGGCAAUGAGCAGAUUCAGAUGGUCAUCGACUCGGGCAUUGUGCCCAACCUGGUGCCCCUGCUUAGCCACCAGGAGGUCAAAGUGCAGGUACGGAGACACAGAUGCCUGUGGGCGACAGAUCUAGGAUCAGCUUAGCCUCCCCAAAUCCCAUCAUUAACCACAAAACUGUCCGUAGAUCAGCAUCUAGGAGCAGCUUCAUCCUACUCAGUGGGGCUCAGGAAGACAGACGCCCACCAAAUGGAAUGAUUGCUUUUGUAAGGACUGAGCCGUUGCCCUACCAUAGCUGGGUUUGCAGAUGUGAUGGAAUCAGAUAGGUGUGUAAGCAAUAUGGCGGCGGCUUCUCUAUGCUCAUUAGAAGGAUAGGUAGAGCCAUCACCAUAUCGUUUACCCCUAUCAGUUUCCUUCAGGUCUGCAAACAUGAAGGGGGCGAGGCUAGGGGUUGUUUUCGGUCAGGUACAUGGAGACCUGUGCACUGCGGUGGUUAGAUAAAGUUAGGUUAGGGCAGGGCAAGGGUUAGGAGAAGAGCUCUUGUCCUGAGCUGCAGUGUUUUGACCUGAGACGGGUUCCUGUCUGGGCGGGUGGGUGGGUGUGUGUGUAAUUCAGUUACCAUGAUGCAGUUGGUGAGCUCACCCUGGGGCUGGGCGUUAUGGCCAAAUUAUCAUAUCGCAGUAUACAAAAAGUAAUACAAAAUUACAAAAGUUAUACAUUCGCUUCGAGUAGUGUGUGACCCUAAGGUGGCAACACAUACAUUCUAAGUGAUUUCAAUGGGUCUUUCUCCAUUCUGAUUGUUUUAUACUGUUCAAUUCAUCAUUUAUCAAUUUCUUUAUUAUCUGCACUCAUUUGAGAUCAUUUCCAUACUGCCAUGUAUGGCUGCACAAUAUGGGCAAACAAUCAGGCCUUAUUUUUAACAGAAUGUUUCAAUUGUGAUUUGACUUGCGAUUUAGAGCAAAACACUUGGGUGAACUGUUGGAAUAAUGGAAAUAGAAUGAUUAUUCUAAUUCUAGUUAGAAUAUGAUAGUGGGAACUUUGAAUAUAGUUUUUGACAUGACAAUGAAUUAAAAUGCCUGGGAGGAGUUAUUGUGACAGGGAAGGAACCAAAGUGUUGUUUCCUAGGGGACCCUGUAAUCUUUGGCUACAUUGAAUGUUUUCUCUUAGCUACUUCAUGCUUCGCAUAUUCCUUUUUGAUUUAGAAGAUACUGUUGCACAAACAACAUGCUGAUUUAUGUAUACCAUCACUGGUAUUAUCAGGCUGCAUAGCUAAUUACGUUCUCUGAUUCCGUAUAUUUAUUAGCUAGCCAGCUAGCUAGCGAUUAGCAUUAGCAGCUAACAAGAUUUAGGCCCAACUUGCUAAGAAAAGACGACCUAGCUGUUUGCAGAUGUAACACAAACUAAUAGUGUAAUUAUAGAACGCUAGUGGAGAAAGAUGACUCAAGUAGCAAUGUAAACUAUAAAAAUGGAUGUUACACACGGCAUAUCACAUUUAACAAACCGUUAUAGAACGUAAAGUAAAAACCCAAACCGGUCCGUGCAUCAAUACCAGUAUAUCGUAAAAUGUGGUAUACCGCCCAGCCCUAGUUGACCCUACAGAUGAUACUGCUCAGGACUUGAAUGGGUCUUACUCCUGGCCCUGAUACCUUGGCUGGUGGUUACUGUGCUGAUAUUCAUACUCAAUCAUUCUUUGGGUGGUGGUUGGUUUGCUUACUUUAUUUAGUUGAAUGAAUGAUCGUUGAUGCUUGGAGUGUUUGUAUUGACUGCUAUGUGGAACUUGAUUGUGUGUGUUUCUCUCUAGACGGCUGCUCUGCGGGCGGUGGGCAACAUAGUGACUGGAACAGAUGAACAGACCCAGGUGGUGCUCAACUGUGACGCCCUGGGACACUUCCCCUCUCUCCUCACACACCCCAAGGAGAAGAUCAACAAGGUAAAACACACUCCGCACUGCUUCAACUUGCCACAGCACAACAGGUGUGUCAGUGUGACUGAUCAUGCUAGAAGUGAUGAUAUCAGAGACAUGGUGCUAGUAUGAAUGACAGUGAAUGGGGAUAUAACUAUUAGUUAGGUACUCGCAUCAUGGAAGAGCUGGAUCAAGGAGACUUCAAGAAGCUGAUGGAAAUUGCAGUUUUGAGUAGAUUUUGGGAUGGUCUGGGAUAGUGGGUAGAGUGUGAGAUGUGAGUGUGUUUGUGUGUAGUAUUUCUGGGUGAAGGAUAGUGGGCGCUGAAGACCCAUGGGUCUCUGCUGAUAUCGGAGUGCAUCUGAGGCCUGUUACUCAGAGGCCCCUCCCUCCCUCAGUGACUGAGCCAAUGAUUAGGGCCUCACGACCGCCCCUACCCCGCCCCCAGCACCCCAUCUCGACCAGGGGCCACAGCUCUGAGCAGGCCCCUGGAGUCUGAUCUAGCUCAGUCCACACCUUUUGAAUUCCAUGUGUGAACUUCUCACCAUUUCUGCAAUCCUCCUGACACACAUGCACACACACUGACUGCUUAUUCAGUCUCUGUAAGCCCUGCCUCUCACACACAACACUUGAAGGAGUAGUCGCAGACUGAGUGCAGCUGUUUCUUCUCCUGUCCUGCAGGAGGCAGUGUGGUUCCUGUCCAACAUCACCGCAGGCAACCAGCAGCAGGUGCAGGCCGUCAUCGACGCCAACCUGGUACCCAUGAUCAUCCACCUUCUGGACAAGGUCUGUUUCAUCACUUUCACUGCUUCAUUCAUCUCAUCAGAGCUUUCUCUUGCACAAAAUGAAGCAGUAAUGAGAAUAUCAUAUUGGUGAAAUAUUAAUUCAAAUUUUUUGUAGGGAGACUUUGGAACACAGAAAGAAGCAGCCUGGGCCAUCAGCAACCUGACAAUUAGUGGGAGGAAGGACCAGGUGAGCUCAACUGAGGCCUACCCACCUCACAUCCAUACACUCGAAUUCCCACUUUUUAUCAUGUAUUUUGUAAACCCUCAAGAUGACCCUUCUCUUCCGGUCCUGUAGGUGGCGUACCUGAUCCAGCAGAAGGUGAUCCCUCCCUUCUGUAACCUGCUGACAGUGAAGGAUGCUCAGGUGGUGCAGGUGGUCCUGGACGGCCUCAGCAACAUCCUCAAGAUGGCCGAUGACGAGGCUGAGACCAUCGCCAACCUCAUCGAGGAGUGUGGAGGUGAGAGCCCAGCCCACUCAGUUACCUUUCAAACGGCAUUGUACCUCCCAACUGUUCAUGUUGAAGUAUAGUGUAUAGUGGCUGUAUAGAUUUGACUGCUGAACCAUCUCUCACUCUUCCCCGCCCCUCAGGUCUGGAGAAGGUGGAGCAGCUCCAGAAUCAUGAGAAUGAAGACAUCUAUAAACUGGCCUAUGAAAUAAUUGAUCAGUUCUUCUCAUCUGAUGACGUUAGUCAGAGCUCUAAUAUGGUCAUGUCUUGGUUGGGGAAGGUACUGCAUACUACAUUGUGUGGAAUGGCUUAUUUGUAUAGAUGAUUGAGUUGUUAUUGUCUCAUGUUCAGAUUGAUGAAGACUCCAGCCUGGUUCCGGAGGCGAUCCAGGGGGGAACGUACGGCUUCAACUCCUCCACCAACGUGCCAGCAGAGGGGUUCCAGUUCUAG